AUGGUUCCCAUGUCCAACAAUCCGGGUAUGUCGCGCGACCUACACGGCACAGUGGGCAAUAUGGCUGCCACAUCUGCUGCAGUCAACAUGAGUGCCGUCGCCGGAGCGACCCUGCCACGACGCCGUGGCCCUCUGCCCCCUGGCGUCCCCAAUCAGAUGCCCUUUAUCCCACCCCACCAGAUGUAUCCUCCUGCCGGUGGUCCCACGGUGGGCAAUGUACCCCAACAGCACCCCGCGUUUCCCCAGCUUAUUGGUGGAAUGCAGCUGAACAACAGACCCUCCAACUACCCACUGGCCACUGACCCCAUGGCCGGUCGCCCGACAGCCCCUGGCGGCGGCAGUGGCGGGGUUCCGACCGUUGUUUCCUCGUCUAACCAGAAGCCCCAGGGCGGCGGGAUCCCUGUCGAGUCUGGUGGCCAAGAGGUUGGGAUCUAA